UUGUUCCAGGAAUGUUGCAUACUGCUGCUGGAUCAUACUGCGACAGUGAAUGCUGAUGACUGCGAGAAUUGUUUAAUUGUGCUCGGUCCCUGCAAAGGAAGUGUGUUUAUCCGAGACUGUAAAAACAGCACAGUAUUCACAGUUUGUCAGCAGUUUCGAAGCCGUGAUUGCGUUAAUAUCGAUGUGUUCCUGUUCUGCACCACAAGACCAAGCAUAGAGUCCAGUAAACAGAUGCGAUUUCGCUCGCUUGCUCUUUCCUAUGAAAAGCUAGAAGGUUUCAAAAGUCUCUUAUCUUAUUCUAACAGGUUUCAUUUUAAUAAUGCUACCUUUACAGAGCAUAUGCUAAAGGCAUCGUUCAGUCCAUUCAACAAUAACUGGAACAAAGUGUAUGAUUUCACACCCGACGAGUCCCUUCCAAAUUUCGAAAUUUGCUCAACCGUAAGUGAUUUAUUGAGAAGUGCGCAGGAACCACUUGGAGUGCAGUGA